AUGGGCUUUACCAUUAGUGCUAUGCGCUCUGUCAUCGAAAUGGCUGAGAGCAUUGCUGAUGCUGUUAACCUUUCACAAGUCUCAAAGGAGUGGGAAAAUGCUGUCAACGAAGUUACCGAUGUUACAAAUUACAGAGAAGGGCUAUUUGACUUAUUCAAAGUCUUUCCUUCAUCAGAACGAGUCCAACUGUGCAGCGACGACAUUGUUACAUUUGACUGGGAAGGUAAUGAGAAUCUUCGGUUUUGGUCAGAGAUAGAAAAGUCAAAGGAGAUAAUCAUGAACGGAAUUCCAGAGGGUGAAGGAGUCGCUGAGAUCGUUUUGAACAAAAUUGUUGAACUGAAUGCAACGCUCUGUUACUACGAUGAGGUCGAUUUUUCGUCGUAUAAGAACUUAAGAAAACUGAGACUCGAUCUGAACAAUGAAUCUGUAGACGUGGCCAGCUUUUUCAAAAACAAGAAACAGAACUUAGACUUUCUUUUGUUGACGAAUUGCACUGACUUGUCUCUUUUGGGAAAGCUGAGGAGCUUUCCUAAUAUUAAGAAAAUUGCUAUUGUGGCUGGGAAGAACAGUGAACUUGGGACCCAAGGGGACUACUGUUUGUGUGUAACGCCAGGACCAACUGAAGAGGACGCAGAGUGUCAAGUGUUGUGUGUGAAACGAGAUGAGUGCGGGAUGGAAGAGGUGUGCGAGAGUGAAGAAGAGGAAGACACCGUUUUCGAAGAAAGCGGUGAACUCUUUCUUGUUGGAUCUCCUCACGAGAAAGUCACGCAAAUGUGUGUUUUAGGCCAACAGUAA